AGUGUGCUCAAGUGUAGUUUAAGCGCUAAUUUAAUCGUGGUUCGAAAGGAUAGGGUCCAAUUCAGACCGUACUGUUACCGUUAGAGAACCAGAAAGUACCCAAAUCAAUUACUCAUCAACUUCUCUGAACCAGAAAUGAACCUUGAUUUUUGCGAUGCUUCUAAGAUCGAUGAUUCUAAGAUAGUUGGUAGCUAUUUUCUGAAAUCAAAAUUAGGAGGGAGUUCUCUAUCCACUGUAUGGAAAGCAGAGCACAGAAUUACGGGUGAAGCAGUAGCAGUGAAGCAAGUUUACCUUUCUAAACUCAAUAAGCAUUUGAAGAAUUGUUUGGAUUGUGAACUUAAUUUCUUGUCCUCAGUCAAUCACCCCAAUAUCAUUCGGCUUUUUCAUGUUUUCCAGGCUGAAAGUUCUAUAUUCUUGGUUUUGGAAUUUUGUGCGGGAGGGAGUCUAUCCUCCUAUAUUCGACACCAUGGAAGAGUGCAAGAGGAAAUAGCUAGAAGAUUGAUGCAACAACUUGGAGCAGGUCUGGAAAUUCUACAUAGCCACCAUAUCAUACAUAGAGACUUGAAACCAGAGAAUAUUCUGUUAUCUGGUCAGUUUGCUGAUGUGGUUCUCAAGAUAGCUGAUUUUGGUUUAUCAAGAAGGGUGCAACCAGGCAAGUAUGCGGAGACAGUUUGCGGGUCUCCAUUAUACAUGGCACCCGAAGUUCUUCAAUUCCAAAGCUAUGAUGACAAGGCUGACAUGUGGAGUGUUGGUGUAAUUCUUUUUGAGCUUCUUAAUGGUUAUCCGCCUUUCCAUGGCAGGACUAAUUUUCAGUUGCUGCAGAACAUCAAAUCAUGUGCAUGCCUUCCGUUUUCUCAAUUCAUCCUUCCAACAUUACAUCCAGACUCGGUUGAUAUAUGUUCAAGACUACUUUCUGUAAAUCCAGUGCAUCGAUUGUCCUUUGUUGAGUUCUAUAAUCAUAGGUUCUUGAGAAAGGAAGAAAAGGAGCAUGGAAUCAGCAGGGAGAAUCGACUUAAUACCCAUUUCAGUUUUGACUUCUGCUCUGUUCUCCUUACAAUGCUAGUAUAUCUUAUACGUAGUCAUCCGAGUUGUCUCAGAUAAUCCCUUGUGAGUCCACUUGCAUGCUGUGCCAUAUAGCUGCUCUGCAGGUUUGGUGCUAAAUCUUUUUAAAAUUUGCUCUAGUUGCCAAGUUAUCAGGAAAAAGAUGGCUACCGUGCAAUUUACAUGUCUCUCAGCUACAAUUGGUGUACUCUAGUUCAUCUGUGUACAGUUUUGUAUAUCAUGUUAUAUGAUCUUGUACUAUGAUUUUGUGCAGUAACUAAAGAAAAAGAAGCUUUUACUUUAGGAAAA